AUGCGGUGUAAAGUCCUCGUCUAUGUCGUCCUCCUGACUCUCAUAAAGCAUGACAAGUCUCUCAUCGAAGUCAGCUGGAUAAGCAACGGCUCUGACAUUGCCUCAUUCAGAAAAGCAGUGACCCGAAUAAAGGAGGGCUUCAGCUGGAACACCAGUGAUUUCGUCAAUGGGGACUUUUCACUGACCAUCCUCAGAGCCAGUCUAAGCCUGCAGGGAGUGUAUGAAUGCACAGUCAGCGAGAACUCCACAACACUACACUCCAGCAAUGUUACAUUUAGUAUCCUUGCUUCCCCAACUCUCUCAAUCCCUGAGCAGUGGGUGGUGUUAGAGACAGAGAGCCAGCUUGAGUGCCAUGCAGAUGGUUUCUACCCUCCUCCUGUCUCUUUCUCCUGGACCAGAGAUGGACAAGUGAUUAACCCUGCCUACCAGGUAGACGGUGAACAGACUGCAAUUGGGUACUACAGGGCUGUGGGCAACCUGACUUUCUACCCUUCCCGUGAGGAUCAGAAUGUGACCUUUGGCUGCAAAGUGUUGCACAGUGGCAGCUAUCAAGAGCUGGAGUUUCAAGUCAAUAUCACCUAUCUCCCUUCUGUUAAACUCUCUACCGUGCCCUCGUCCUCCAACAACAUUCCUCUCACACUUUACUGUGACGUGGAAAGUUUCUACCCAGAGGAGGUGUCUGUGUCCUGGUUUCAAAACGGCACGGUCCUCCCCGAACCUCCCGGCACUGAGCAGAACCCUGAUGGGACCUACAGAACCAGACGCUAUUAUACUUUGACUCCUGAGCAGAGGGAGCAAGGUGGGAAGGUGGAGUGUGCAGUAAACCAACCUGGGGUGAAGCAGCCAGCUCGUAGCUCAAUGUACCUGAAUGAAAUGGUUCCCCGAGAUGAGGCUCCAGUGUUGACGAAAUCAGCCAAAGCAUCUGUGGCUAUGAUGUGUAUUUCUCUGGUGCUCGUCUUCCUCCUCUGCUUCGGCUUCUCUUGGAGGAGAAGGGAUGAGAAACAGAAAUCUCUCAGUGUGUCAGGAAUCAUCCUCCCUCCACAUGUGAUUGUCGGUCAAAAGGGCAGGGUGACAGUGAGCAUUGAAGGCAGGAGGGUGGACCGAGUCCAGACUGCAUGGUUCCUCAAUGACACCCCUAUCUCCGACACCUCACUCACAGUAUCAGAGAAAGGUCCUCUCCUGCCCUCCAGAGCACAGAUGGGUUACUACAAGCUGCACACUGAGGGGCCACUGCACUCCUCCGGAAGUGGCACUCAACAGCUGAUCUCCUCGCUCACCUUCAUCCCCCAGAUUUCAAUCCACAAGGGGGCUGUUUUCAAGUGUCAGGUGUCCUACGCAGGCAAGGAGAAGAUUGUGGUUGAGAGGGUCUCUGAGAAGUUUACAAUUCUGUCUGCUCCAGAGGUAUCAGAAAUUCAGCUGGCAGAGACACCAAAUGACCCUGAUGUCAUCAGUCUGACUGUCCAGGCGUCCCAGUUCCACCCGGACGUCAUCACCUUCCGCUGGUUCUGCCAGGGAGGUGAGCUGAGCCCUGUGGCUUCCCAGGCCUCGUCCUCCCCACGACCAAAUUCUGAGGGCUUCUUCUCAGCCUCCAGCCAGUGUAAGCUCCCCCGAAGUGAACUGGAAAUGGGGGGCACCAAAGUGUGGGUCAGUGUCCACCACAUCGCCCUGAAGCAGCCGGUGACAUGUGAGACCAGAGGCUUCAUCAAGAGGCCGUGUGUGUCCGAGAUUGUCCGCUCCACUUCCUCCCCAGAUCAGGCUUUGACCCUGGGAUGUGAAAUCACAGAUUUCUACCCUCCGGACAUAACAGUCACCUGGCUGAAACUGAGAGAGGGAGAGCGAGAUGACAGAGAGGAGGAGGUGAUCGAGGGAGGGGAGAUGUGGGGCCCCAUGCAGACACAUCCCAGACUCUUCAGGGCUACAGCCAUUCUGAUGAGGAGGCCAACAAUUCAGGAGAAAAAGGAGAGAGGAGGAGGGAUUGUUUGUAGAGUGGAGCACUGUUCCCUACAAGAACCUAUUGAGAGACACUGGAGAAAUGCUGAUAUUGUUGCUCCCUCCAUCCCUGCAUCCAUUUCGGUGUAUUGGAGCAGCGAAGGAGUGGGUGUGUUCUCUCUCCUGUUGAAGGGAGGUCACCCCAAGGUUAAAUUACUCUGGGCAGCAGGUGGACCCACCCUCUCACCGCUGGUGUCCAAUGAGACGGAGGAGAUAGGAGACGAUGGGCAGAGGGAGCUGAAAAGUGUGUGUGCCCUGGAGAGGUCUACACGCCCACCAAGUCGGACAGACAAACAGCUGGAGAAACGGAAGAAUGGACAUGCAAUAAAAACAAAAGCUGCCGUCACAGACCCCGACACUCAAGGAAUAGAUUACAUCGAUGAAAAAGUGGAUGGAGAGAAUAACAACAUCGACAGGGAUGAGGAAACAAAGUCAGAUUUGUACGAGGACAGUGACGAGGAACGGGAGGAAGACUCGGGUGCACUGCACAUAAACCGUGUCAACUUGACCAAAGGUCGCAGAGAGAAUGAGAGGACACGUCUGAGAGUGUGUGUAGAGAUCACACACCCUGCACUCAAGCUUCCUGUUUACCGAACCUGGACAGAGCCCAAUGAGGAAAUUGCAUCUACAUGAAAACCCUGACGUCCGCCAGAGUGCGUGUCUCUUUGUUUAAUACAUCUCAUUUAAUAUAUCUAAUAUAUAUCUUUAUAGUAAAUAUAAAGUAAUAGUCAUGUUUUAGGCUCUUUUAUGUGAUCAACAAGUGUGGUUUCGCAUGCAACAUUUGUGCUCUUUAUUUAUUACCUCAUGUUUUAAUGUCAUUCUUACU